CCCAAACUAACAUUAGACAUGCACGUAACUAAAUUAAUAUAAUAAUAUUAUAGUUAUAUGGUUAGUAACAUAGUUUCCUCUGAAAGAAUAAUCCAAAACGCAAUAAUACAUAUGGCUCGUACGAAGCAAAGCGCUCGCAUGGCUAGUGCUGGAAAAGCUCCGAGGAAGGUGCUUAAAGUAUGUGGUUGUGGUUGUGGCGGCAGGAACAGAAUUCCAAUAUUAAUAACAAGGCCUCAUCGUUAUCGUCCUGUUGCUCUUCGUGAAAUCCGCAAGUAUCAGAAGAGUACCAAUCUCUUGAUCAGAAAACUGCCAUUCCAAAGACUUGUUCGUGAAAUCGCUCAUGACUUCAAGACUGACUUGAGGUUCCAGAGCCAUACUGUGUUGGCACUUCAAGAGGCAGCCGAAGCGUACCUUGUGGCACUGUUUGAAGAUACCAAUUUGAGUGCGAUUCAUGCCAAGAGAGUUACCAUCAUGCGCAAAGAUGUGCAGUUGGCCCGUCGUAUCCGUGGGGAGCAUACUUAAAUACAUUCAGCUUAAUACAAUAGUUAAUUAAUACUAAUGAUUAGCUUGGAGACUAGUUUAUGUCGCUUUAAGGCCUUUGUGUUAUUUUAAUUGAUAAAGUAACUGAAUACAAUAUCUAAUUUAUAGAUUAAGUCAA